AGUAAGAAGCGGAAACGGCUACCAAGCACGUGAAGCAGUCCUCUUCGUAAACACACAUCCAGGGCAAGAUGGAGAUCACAGAAGUCCCUGUCUCUACAGGCGGCAAAAGUAAGAAAAAGAAGAAUAAAAACGCAAACAAGAAGAGUGAGGAGAAGGCAGACGACAUGGGUGUUCGCGACGUCGGAGUGAAAGAAGAGAUGAAGGAGGCCCCCGUCGCUUUUCCUCCAACAUUCAGUGUGUCCGAAAUCAAGAAUAAACAGCGAAGACAUCUCAUGUUUAUGAAACUAAAACAGGAGAAAAGAAAGCAAAAGAUGGAGCUGAAGAAAAAGAGGAAAAGAGAGCAAAAAGCUCUCGGUGACAAGGCACCGCCAAAACAAGUCCCCAAGACGAUAGAGAACCAGAGAGUCUACGAUGAGACGAUGGUGGACCCACACGAUGAAGAGAUCGCAUUUGAUGAAGCAACAGAUGAAUUUUCCGCCUACUUCAACGGGCUAACAAGCCCCAAAGUUCUCAUCACAACGUCGGACAGACCCAGAGGGAGGACGGUGAAGUUCUGCGAGCAACUGGCCACGGUCAUACCAGAUGCCCACGUCUACUACAGACGUGGCUUGGCGCUGAAGAGGAUCAUUCCCCAAUGUGUCGCCAGGAACUUCACAUACCUGAUUGUCAUCAACGAGGACCGCAGAAUGCCCAAUGGGAUGGUUCUUUGUCACCUGCCUGAAGGUCCAACUGCACACUUCAAGGUCAGCAGCGUUCGACUACGCAAGGAGAUGAAAAGGCGAGGCAAGGAGCCCACUGAGCAUUUUCCAGAAGUGAUUCUCAACAACUUCAGCACACGUUUGGGCCACAGUGUGGGCCGACUCUUUGCAGCUCUCUUCCCUCAGAACCCGCAGUUUGUGGGUCGGCAGGUGGCCACCUUCCACAACCAGAGAGACUUCAUCUUCUUCCGACUCCACAGGUACAUCUUCAAGAACGAGAAGAAGGUCGGCAUUCAGGAGCUGGGACCUCGCUUCACCCUCAAGCUUCGCUCUCUGCAGAAAGGCACCUUUGAUUCAAAGUUUGGAGAGUACGAGUGGGUCCUGAAGCGCCAUGAAAUGGAUGCCUGCAGGCGGAAAUUCCAGCUGUGAAUGCAAAAAAACAAACACUUCUUCCCAGAUGACACAAGGACACCACUGUUUGUUAUCCCUUGCUUGUUUGUGCUCUUCACUUCACAUGAGGCUAGUCCUACCAUACAUGAGUCCACUUCACUUUAAACACAGCAUGCGUGAGCUCACUGGACUGGAAAACUUAAUAGUAGGUCAGGAUGGGUAGGUCAUCAUAUGAGUCAAAUAUAAAAUAAAUCAUUCAUCUCGCUCACCCUGGACUACAUUCACACUAAUUUCAUUCAUGGAAUCACUCCUCUCACUCCAGUACAAACAUCAUCACUCAACAAGAGACUGGAAAUACUCCACAGAGGCAAAUUGUAGUAAAACAGCAGACGUGAUGAGACAUAAUUGAAGGAUAAUUGAAGCCAAUUCUAUCAUGAUGUGAAUGGCCUUGUGUGAGUACACCCUUAUUCUCUUAAUUACACACUCAAUACAGCAGAAAAUGCAUUUUGUACUAAUUAAAUUUUAAAUCAUUUCUGAUGUGAAAUAACUUCUUACACACCUCCUUGCACUUAAUUGGUUCCAGGCAUGAAUCUCCGUUUUUACGACCUUCUAAAUUUGCUCAACAUUAUUACAGCCCUCUAAACAUGAAAUCCUGCCCUUUACACUGUUACUCAAUAUAGUCCACAUAAGAGAAAAUAACACAGUAAUACUUUAUAAUAUAGGCUCACACACGUACCCCAGCGUAGUUUUUUCAGUCAUGCCUCAUAAAACAUACUUGUACAUUAUAAUUACACACAUAGUUUUUACACACAAUCACUAACUUUUGAACGUACUACCCAAAACAAGCCCAAAGGUACUCACAA